CGCACUUGUUUUGCUCUCAAACAGCUUACAACCUGAACAAUUUCCAGUUGAAGUUUAACUCCACCGCCAGUCAACACUUCUGUAACUGACUGCAGUAAAACUUUUAUGCGAUCAUCUACAAGUCAUCUAGUAUAUUUUAAGUGACAACCACCAGAAGAGCUCGACAUGAAAUGUGCCAUCGAGGGAAGUAAUGUGAAGGCAUUUGGAAAGGCGGUCCACGCCCUGUCUCGAAUAGGAGAGGACCUGUGGUUGGACCCUCUGGAGAAGGGGUUGGCGUUGCGGGCGGUGAACUCGGCCCACUCGGCGUACGCCUGCUUCCUGUUUUCGCCACUCUUCUUCCAGCUCUACUCCCUCCACCCUGGCACCCAGAGCCCCGGCACGCCCAUCAAAUGCAAACUAGCCAUGAAGUCUGUUCUGCCACUGUUCCGCUGCCUGGCCACCAUAGAACGCAACGUGGACCGAUGUGAGAUCUCCAUCAGUACUGAGGAGAGCCGGGUCAUAUGCCAGUUCUACUGCAGACACGGGAUUACUAAAACUCACAACCUGAGCUACCAGGAAUCUGAAGCUCUGCAAGCCGUCUUCCCCACCAACCUCUGCCCCAAUGUACUGAAGGCCCAGGCCAAACUGUUGGGGGACAUCGUGAGACACUUCCCCGCCUCUCAGGAGGAAAUCACCCUGGCCGUCUCCCCCGUCAGAGUCAUUCUGAAGAACUACUACGAGGAAGAGAGUGAUCGUGCGAAGGUCAUGUACACAGAGAUGAGCCUGCACCCAGAUGAGUUUGACUACUUCCAGGUCGGGGUAGACUCACACAUCACCUUCUGCCUGAAGGAGCUUAGGGGUCUGCUGUCAUUCGCAGAGUCACACAGUCUGCCUGUGUGUGUCCACUUUGGCUCUUCUGGAAAGCCGGUGUCCUUCAGCCUUGACGACAUGCCGUUGACAGCGACUGUGGUGUUGGCCACCCUGGAUGAGGACGCUAGUGCCCCCCCGUCACAAACUGCCCCCUCCCAGAUAGGCCCAGUACACAGGUGUGUGGGGGCCCCAUCUGUCCCCACCUCUCCCCGUGGGACCCUUGAGUGUGGGGGGGGCGAGAAGGAGCCGGAGGAGGAGAACCUGCACGUGGCCCCCCAGGGAGGUCCAGUCCCGGGGGAGGAGCGUGUCUUAUCCAGCCAGGCGAGCCCCGUGUUCAGCCCCGCGCUCUACCUCAGGAAGCUUCUGGAACUCCCGAAACCGCCGCCGCCGCCAUCGUCACCGCCCCAGGAGCAGCGCGUAGCAGCCACACCCAACAUGGAGGCCGAGGAGGCGUGUGCCUGGCACCUCCCCAUGGCACCUCCCCUGACGCAUGCACAGACUACGCUGAUAGAGGACAUGGAGACAGAGCCUGUUUGUGCCGCGCCCAAGAUGGCCGCCAGCUCUAUGCCAGUCACCCCUCCUACUGCCAAGGUGAUGAGACCAUAUGGGUCCAGUGUUUCCCACAGAAUUGAAUUAUAUUUGUGCUGGUUCGCGCGCUCCUGUUUGGUGCCCUGUGCGAGCAGAACCCAGAUGCCAGUCCGUCGGCGUUACCCAGCCUGGCAUGUGCCAGCGACACUGAAGACGACACCGCAGAUGACAGAGGGCAAACACGAACAACAGAGGAGUGACACACACAUACACACACACACCUCACACACACACACACACCUCACAAAGGACAGGACACUGGGAAGCUUGUGUUAAGCUUCAACUGCAAGUUCAUGUUGGUUUGUCUUUUUAGUGGCUCACUCAAGCGCAGAUUUUGUAAUUCCUAAACGUGUGUUAAGUUAUUCCCUAAUUGCGUGUCAUUGUCAAUGUUCCUCUGCACAGUGCUUCCUCACGGUUUUGGGGGAACGCCUGUGUUUAUACCAGUGCAUUCACACACUCCUCUCAAGAGGCCCUGGGGUUGUCAGUCAAACUCAUACUGGGAGGAGCUGCAUAAAAACUACUUGUGUGUGUGUGUGUGUGUCUGUGCACGAAAGUAUAUUUUAAUGAACUGCUUUCUUGUGUUUUGUGUUCACUGUAGCGAGUCUCACAUUUCACUGAGGAAUGUGCUUAAACACACACACAUUUUCACUCACACAUCCAUACCUAAACACACACGCGGCAGACUCAGUGUGACUCAUCUCUGUCAAAACAGGACAGGGUGUGUGUUUUCCAGAAUGGACCACCCUACUCAUGCCUGCAUGCACGUGUGUGUGUGUGUGUGUCUCCCAAUCCUUCUCUCCCAUUUGUGAUCCAGUGGCAAUACCUGUGGGUGGUUACGGUUUGAGGACAUGUUAUUUUGCAGCAAGGCUUCACACUCGCUCUCAAAACACACACCGUACUGCAAACACGUGUACGCGCCACAGUGCCAUGAACCAAAACCCACAAACUUCACA